AUGCCUAUCCAGACCACAAAGCAUACUAACCUAUCUAGCUUUUUGCCUCACACGGUGAAGUUUGAAGUGACCGCCAGCGAAACGGCCUCUGAAGCGACUACGUCUCUUGAUCCUGCUAUAGAGGCUCCGAAACCGUUUGCUGCUGGGAAGCAGCAUUCCAUUGCGAAUUCAAUCCUCCCAUCCUUGAGCCAACCAGCCUUGACUAACCAGGCUCUGGCAGAUACGCCUCCGCCAUUCCUCAAACGAAAUGAGCAAAGUGCUUCGGUACAACAAUUUUUCAAGAACCGUGACGCUGCUGAUACUUCUUCAGGCAAACAUCAUGAAAAGCCGGCUGCUCACUUGAUCCAGCCAAAGUCUCGGUAUGAUGCGAAGAUGAUCCCAAGCCUGGUGGUGGAAGCAAAGAAGAAAGGUGACGAUUUGGGUUUAUCUAGCCUUAAGUUUAAUACUUCCACAACGAGCUUGCCUCGCACGACUUCCUCAACCCUUUCAGCUACAAGGUCGGGUUCGACUUCUCAGCCGGACUUUGCUCCGGCGGGUGUUCCUCGGGGCAGAAACUCUUUCGGUAAGUUCGCUGGCUAUUCGGUGAACCAGUCAUCUACCAGCUCAUUGGCUGUCACAGAGGAAGAGGAUAAUGCCCCGUCUGUCUUCAGACCCGCUUCUAAGGGUCCUGCUAUUCAAGACGAUGAAGAAGAGGAGGAGACGUUCACAGAUGAACGUUUGGCUCCUUACGGCGGCUUUUCCAGGCCUGACUUGGAAGAAAUCUUCUUAAACCAACAAAACGUUUUCGAAAAUGCUCCUUGGCAGAUCGUCCCAUCUGACAGUGGUAACGGCUCCUUAUACAAAGCUGUGGACUUGGCUCACAAAAAGGAUGUCAUUAAGCUGUGUAAGUGGGUUGGCACUUUAUCGUCGCCAAUGGAUGCAAUUCCUCAGCAUAUCUAUCAGGACAUUUGCAAGAAAUUGAGUGACGACUACGACUGCGAGACUGUGCAUGUCAACGACAUAGUCUUCCAGGGACAUUAUAAGUCAUUCUGCAAACAAAUUUUAUGGCCAACUUUGCAUUAUCAAAUACCAGAUGACCCUAAGUCUAAGGUAUUUGAAGAACAUUCCUUUAAGCAUUACAAACGCUUGAAUCAGCUUGUUGCUGAUAAAAUAGUCGAAACUUACAAGAAACUUAACCAAGGCCUUGACCCUGCUGAUCCUGAUAAUAUGAUUUGGAUUCAUGACUAUCACUUGCUUCUUGUCCCUGCAAUGAUUAGGGAGAAGCUCCCCGAUGCUAAGAUCGGUUUCUUCUUGCAUGUUUCCUUCCCAUCUUCUGAAGUUUUCAGGUGCUUGGCACAGAGAGAAGCUUUACUAAAGGGUGUAUUAGGAGCUGAUUGCGUUACAUUCCAAACUGAUGAGUACGUGAGACACUUCUUCCAAACCAGUAGUAGGCUUUUACUAGCUGAUACCAACGAGCUUGGAAUUAUUCAUAACGGUGUGUUCACCCGCGUGAAUACUAUUCCCGUUGGUAUUGAUGCGCCAUCUUUGAAGGAGGAUCUCAUGAGCCCUGCAGUGGUCAAAUGGGAAAAGCUCAUACGUGAGCGUUGGAAGGAUCUGCUCCUCAUUGUUUCGAGAGAUAAGCUUGAUAAGUUAAGGGGUAUCAAGCAAAAAUUACUUGCUUAUGAAGCUUUUCUUAAAAGCAACCCAGAAUUCAUCGAAAAGACCGUACUUGUCGAAGUUUUUAUCGGUUCUUCUUCUAACAGUGAUUACAAAUCCGAAGUGAUGCAAAUCGUCUCACGCAUAAACGCUUUGGCAGAUAACAUUUCCAUUGCACAGCCAGUGGUUAUUUUGGAGCAAGAUAUUGAUUUUGAACAAUACUUAGCAUUGCAGCAUGAAGCUGCCGUUUUCAUUGUCGCCAGUUUCAGAGAGGGCCUCAAUUUAACAUGCCAUGAGUUUGUUGAGGCUAGCACAGAUAAGCAAUCUCCUCUCAUCUUGUCCGAAUUUACUGGCUCCUCCCACCUUUUGGAUUGCAAAGGAGAAGGCGCAAUUCUUAUCAACCCAUGGGAUAUUAGAAAUUUCAGCAAAGCCAUCAAGUUAGCUUUGACCAUGUCUGCAGAAGAGAAGAAGCGCAGAUGGGAGAACUGUCACCAAGUUGUUCUUAAGCACAAACCGAUUGACUGGAUCAAAGAUUGUUUAACUAGCAUUGAGGAAGCAUGGAAGACUGAUCAUCUCAAAACUCAGACAAACAAGAAGCCAUUCGAUCAAGAUAUUUUUGAUAGGUUCUAUGAAUCCACUGAUGGCCACAGGCUCUUUGUCAUCAACAUUGAUACCUCUUAUUCCCAUGAUGAGGUCGGACAAAAGUCUACCAAGGGUUUUGCAAAUCUCGGGAGAAUUGCAAACUUGUUAACUGGUUUAACGAGUGACCGCAGGAACUAUGUUUUCAUUAUCAGCAUUCUCAAAACCGAGGACCUUGAGCUGAUAUUCAAGAAUGUUCCGAACUUGGGUUUAGUGGCUGAAAGUGGUGGCUUCAUUAAGUUGGUUGGACAAUCGAAGUGGAUCUCCAUCGUUGAUAAAAAGGAAGUGAACAAUUGGAUUCCACAAGUCACUCUGUUGGUCAAGUCGAAAGCGGAAAGACUUCCGAUGUCGACUGCUAUUGUCGAAGAGUGCACUGUGAGAUGGCUUGCUGAUUCAGCGGUGAAGGAAGAUCCAAAAAGAAGCAUGGAUGCCAUGGGUGAUUGCAUUCAACAUAUUAAUGAUAUUUACGAAGAGACAGAGGGUAUUCAUGCUACUUUGGUGGAUAAUUCUGUCGUUGUCCAACAGAAAGACAUUUCUAUGAGGGCUAUGAACUUUAUUGUUGCAUGCUAUACCACAACUGUGCCAGCGUCACAAUUAGCUGAAAGGUUCCAAAUCAGACGAGUAGCUUCUUUCCAUGAGAACUUUAACACCAUCGUCAGGUCGCCUUUACACGAGAAAUUCGAUUGGAUUGAUGACGAUGACAGACCUAACAAGGCGCAGGCACUUUUCUAUUCAGGUGGAUUGACUUCCAUUGAUGAGGCCAUCUAUGAGUACACGAACAGCCUAGAGAAAGACGAUGUGUUGCAAUCUGCAAUUUCUGUGGCGAUCACUGGCGGACAAGUGAAUGCAAGGUCUUCAGCACUUUACAGCGUUCUAGGCAGAAAUGAAUUAUUGAGUAUUAUCACUUCGAGAUGA